GACUAUUUCAGUGCCAACACAACUGUCAACAAACGGCUUUAGUGUUGACGUUUGACCGCGUAGCAAGUGAAAGUGUCACGUCAGUGGAAUCGCUGUCAAAUUUUCGAAAUAUUUCGCUUCUAAAUCGGCCCUUUUAAUUUAAAAUUGUUCUAGGUUAAACCGGGAAGAUGGGUGUAAAACCUGCAAUUGGAAGAAAAUCUAACAAGAACCCCCCAUUUUUCAGCCACGAAUUUGUGAUACAAAACCAUGCUGAUAUUGUGUCAUGUAUUGUUAUGGUUUUCCUGGUUGGACUAAUGGUACAGUCGACUAGUCCAGUGGCAAGUUUAUUCAUCAGUCUGCACCACAACGUUACUGGUGUGGAACCGACGCGGGAGACGCCGAAGGGAGAGCCUUUCUUGUACGAGGCUGGCUGGAAAGAUGCCUGUGCUGUGUUCUUCUAUUCCUUAGUGUGCAUUGUUAUGCAUGCUAUCCUUCAAGAGUACUUCUUAGAUAAAAUAUCAAAGAAGUUUCAUCUCUCGAAGUCAAGAUUGAGUUCUCUGAAUGAAUCAGGCCAGCUUGUUGUGUUCCAACUUGUGACUCUAGUUUGGGGUGGAGAUGCUAUUCUACGUGAAGGAUUCAUUUUCAAUAUUUCACAGCUUUGGGAUGGUUACCCAAACCAUCCAAUGAGUUUCUUGUUAAAGUUAUGGUGGGUUGUCCAAGCUGCAUACUGGAUCCACACUAUUCCAGAACUAUAUUUCCAACGCAUCAAGAAAGAUGAGUGGUCAGGUCGCAUCAGACAGGCAGCUGUCGCCUUCACAUUUGUAGGCCUGGCAUAUGGCUUCAAGUUCCAAAGAGUAGGAGUCUGUCUUAUUGUUCUGCAUGCAUUGGCCGAGUUUGUGGCUCACAGCUAUCGUCUCAACACCAUCCUUCGGGGAGAACGGGAAGACUAUCUGGACAAAUUGCUGGGGCUGCUGAAUGGUGCGGUGUUCGUGGCGGUGCGGCUGUGCUCGCUGGUGCUGGGCGUGCUCACGUUCUACUUCGGUGCGGCCGGUGCGGCGCCGCUGCUGCUGCGUCUGGCCGCCCUCGUCCUGCUGGUCUCCUUCCAGGUUUACCUGAUGUUCAACUUCAUCUCGGAAGCUAUCAAGCAGCGACAAGAGGCUCGCCAACUGGCUCAAAGCAGGCCUAAAAGGGAAAAGAAAGAGAAGCCUAAGAAGGAAAAGGUGAAAAAAGUCCACAGCGAGGAGUCCGACCUCCCUGAAGUAGACCAGAACACCAACAAGACUCUGCGACAACGACAAGCCGCUACAGUCAAGACUAAAUAAAAACGCACACUGCCCUCUACUUAGAAAUAAUAGGUUAUCCCCUUCCAUUCGUAAGUACCCACACAUCUUCCAUUACUUUCCCCCUAAUACAUUUUAGUUACGUAAAUGUCCACGCACAAAAGGAACUGUGUGCUGCAAGUUGUGAGAAAUUAUUGUUCUUAGUAGGUAACUCAGAAUAAACUUCUAACGAAAUUAUUUUUGUUUGAGAUUGUUAAAAUUAAUAUUUAUUAUUAAUGUAUGUGUGAUUUCAUGAUAUUUUAAUUUUACCACACAAUGUAAUGUUAUUAUUAUUAUCUGUAUGUGUAACUUGUGGUGUCGAAGUAUUUUGUGUAACUUACAUUCGUCGUUAGACUACGAAGCGCACUAUUGUCAUUACGUAUAGUGGAUACAGGGUUGUAAAAAUAUCUCUUUAAAAUGUAAAAAAAAAAACUUAAAGUAUAGGUUAAAACGUUGUUUAUAUUGAUAUAUUGAUAAGAAUUUUACAGUAAUGUGUAGUGUGUACACAUUAGAAAAAAAAACUGAAAUAUUCCAUUCAAUUAUUUUGUGCAUUUCUAACGCUGACGUUUUGUACCAUGAAUUCCAAUGUAUUGUUUUUAAAAUUGUUUAUAAUAUUUUAUUUUUAUAGUGUUUUUAAUAUACUUGGAUAACUUAACCAUAUCUAUUUUUGUAUGACAAUAGACAUUUGCUAUUGCACAUCUCAAUGAUAUCUAGGUGCUUUAUUCCAUCUCUUAUAUUUACAACUUUACUGUACAAUAUAUUUUUAUGUCUACGUUAAGUGUAUAAUAGUUCUGGACCUAAUAAAUUCAGUGACUUUGGGGGUGAAAUAGUCAAAAUGAACUGUGAGAAUGCUCCAGAUCGCUGUUAUACUUGUAUCUGAAUUAGGCGGUAAUGUAAUAAUAAUUCUUCCUAAAUGAAAUUGUGCUCAUAAAUUAUUGUAUUAUUUUCACGAGGAUUGUCAAUUUUAAAGGCUUGAUGUUAUUUUAUUUCUCAAUAAAUUUUUGUAAGAUAA